AUGCCUUCACCAAAUCCCGUGACCUUCACAAAAACAACUUCUACAAAUCAACAAUUCAAUUCAAAGCUUAUUUAUCGUCGUUCUUCUGGUUUACCUGAAGAAGUUGAGGACUUUGGAUAUAGUAUUCGUAGCCAUCAACAAGAUGAAAGUUCAAAAAGUUCAUUUAGAAAGUGGUUGGUAAAGAAGUUUGAUCAGCUUAAACCUUCAUUGGUGUUGGAAAAUAAGGCCAGUGUCGCUAGAGAUCAUUUGGCAAAUGAAAGAACAUUUUUAGCUUGGCUUCGUACUUCCCUAUCAUUCAUAGGAAUCGGUGUUGCGGUCACACAAUUAUUUCGUUUAAAAGGAGAUACAAAUAAAGGAGGAAACGUAAUUGGUAUUGUCUUUAUAAUGUUGGGAAUUGUUUUCCUAGGUUUUGGCAUUACUAGAUAUUUUCAUUCUCAAUAUUUAAUGACUACAGGCCAUUUUCCUGCUAGUAGAGGUAGUGUACUAGUUGGUACUAUACUAACUAUAUUAUCCUUGGCUGCUUGUUUUCUUGUUAUCGUUAUUGAUAGGUAA